UAUUGGAUAUUUAAUCCUAAUUAUACAAAAAAAGGUUCAAUUUUUCAUCCAUGGAGUCUUCGACGACAGAGACACCUCCAAAACCGCCGUCGCAGAACCAGGAGCAACACGAUGAUGAAUUACAGAAGGGUUUUGCUGAAGAAGACGACAACCACCAUCAUCUCCGCGGUGGAGUUCCGGCGGAGGAGCUGAAUCUCAUCGACGGCCUGAAAAUGGGUUUACCGGAACGGAGGCUAUUUUCGUGUAAUUUCUGUCGGAGGAAAUUUUAUAGCUCACAAGCACUUGGAGGCCAUCAAAAUGCCCAUAAAAGAGAAAGAACGUUGGCUAAAAGAGGCGGUCAACGACCGCCGGCAUUCGGCGGCUACCACCACUACGCAUCGGCGGCGCCGUCCAGAUCGAUUGGAAUUCAGGUUCACGCAAUGGUACACAAACCGCCUCACCACGCGCCGGCUUUUGGAAUCAUCUACGGUUGGUCCAGAACUCCGAUCCAUCAACAGCCCGGUGUUGGGAAGCUACCGGUGAUGAACGCCGGGCAUGCGAUUAAUCAUACCUCCAGUAGGAUGAACUUCGACGUGGAGCGAUCAACGGCGGGUGGCGGCGUUGGUUUGAACAAUAAACAAGAGGAGGAGAGGCACAAAGUAGUGGACUUGUCUCUGAAGCUGUAAUUAAACACAGAUUUUGCUCUUCACUUCACAACCUUAAUAAUUACGAAGAAGAAGGGUUUAUUGAAGUGGAGAACAGUGAAACAGAGAAAAGAGGCACGCGGAAGCAGAGGAAUCCUCUGCUCAGGAACUCAAACCCAUUUCCCUCACUUUCCAUCUUCGAUCCUAUUCCCAAUUCCCAAUCCUAACAACUUUUUCUUUUUUCAAACCUGAAUUGGAUUGUUGCAGUCCGUUGCCCUCCAAAACUCAUCUUUGAUUCUGCAUCUCGGCCAUCGUUCUAUGGCUGUUCUCAUGUAAGAGAUUGCAAAAAAAUGUUGGUAGGAUUGUGACUAUUUUUAAAACGCUUAUUCUCCUCUCCAAUCGAUGUGUGGGGAUCUCACAAUCCAAUCGUUAUAUGGCUGUUCUCUUUGAUU